AUGAGCAGCAUUGGUACCACCAACGCCCACCGCCGCAGCAGCAGCUGGAACGGCUCGCUGUCCAGCCCAAGUAAAGCCACGCGCCCGUCGCAGAGCCCAAGGCAUACCCAGCCUUUCGCCCCGUCAGAAAACACUUCCAGGCGGCCUCUUGUGACCCACACAGUAGCCACUGUCCUUGUUCUCCUGCUAGCGCUUGCUACCGGUUUCUUCGCACCCCACCUUCCACACGCCAUCGUCCGCAUCCUUGACAGAGAGCAAGCUCCUUCCAUAACCCUCCGAAACCCCUUCGUCCUACAAGAACCCCCCGUCUGCCCCAAACCAGAACAACACGUCGAGUUCGUCGGCACCUUCAACAGAAACCACAAGCGCAGCAUGGCUCUCGCCGACCAGGCCAAGCAGGUCGCCGCCGAGUUUGACUUUAGCGACGAUGCCGUCAACAAGGCCGUCAAGGAAUUCAUAAGGGAGAUGGACGAGGGCCUGGAGAAGAAGGGCACCGAAAUGAGCCAGAUCCCUUCCUACGUUACUGCCGUUCCCAAUGGUACGGAAAAGGGUCUUUACAUGGCUGUUGACUUGGGCGGCACAAACUUUCGUGUCUGCUCCAUCAAGCUACAUGGUAACACCACCUUCUCCAUUACCCAGAGCAAGGUCGCCAUUCCUCGUGAGCUCAUGGUUGCCAAGACGUCCAAGGAGCUCUUUUCAUUUCUUGCAAAGCAGAUUGAAGCUUUCCUGAAAGCCCACCACGAGGACCACUAUGCCGGCACUCUCCGACGCAGGGAAGGCAAGGCAGGCCAGCCAGAAGAGGAGGAGAUCUUCAACUUGGGCUUCACCUUUUCCUUCCCAGUCCAGCAAAUAGGCAUCAACAAGGGCCUGUUGAUGCGCUGGACAAAGGGCUUCGACAUUGAAGAUGCUAUUGGCAAGGACGUCUGUGCCCUGCUCCAGACGGAGAUUGACGCGCUACACCUCCCCGUCAAAGUGGCUGCUUUGGUCAACGACACCGUUGGAACUCUCAUGGCACGCUCAUAUACUUCUCCCGGAAAGACUGGAACCUUGCUCGGAGCCAUCUUCGGAACAGGUACCAAUGGAGCGUAUGUAGAGAAGCUGGCCAAGGUCUCAAAGCUCACCAAUGAUAAGGAAGUGGGUGAAUAUGACAAGUCCACAGGUGAGAUGGUUGUCAACACUGAGUGGGGUUCGUUUGAUAACUCGCUUCGCACCCUGCCCAACAACCCGUACGAUAUUGAGCUUGACAAGAACUCGGUGAACCCCGGUAUCCAGAUGUUUGAGAAGCGCGUAUCAGGCAUGUUCCUGGGUGAGCUGCUCCGUCUUGCUCUGCUCAAGCUCAUUAAGGACCCCAAGGUCCCGCUCUUCACUGAUGAUAACUCGUCGUCCAACGAUGUGCACAGCACUACCCAAAUUCAUGAUGGCAGCCCAAUAUGGAAACAGUGGGGCAUUGACACGAGCUUCCUCAGUGUAUGCGCUGGUGACCACAGCCCUGGCCUGCGCAUGCUGAGACAAACUCUUGACAAGGAGUAUGAUAUUUCCGCUGUCAGCGCCGAAGACGCAGAGGCCGUCCGUGAAAUUGCCGCGGCGAUUGGCCGCCGUGCAGCUCGUCUCGCUGCGGUUGCCAUUGCCGGUGUAGUAAUCAACACUGGCCGUCUGAACCAAUCUGCGGCGGCUGCUACCACUGAGCAAAAAGCAGGCAUUGAGCCUCCACGCGGCGAUGUCGACAGUGAACAGGGCGAUGAAAUUGACAUUGGUGUCGAUGGAUCGCUAGUCGAGUUUUACCCCAACUUUGAGGAAUACAUUCGCGAGGCCCUGCGUGCUGUUCCAGAGAUUGGCGUCAAGGGGGAGAAGAGAAUCCGGAUCGGUAUCGCAAAGGACGGUUCCGGCGUCGGGGCCGCAUUGAUCGCUCUUGUUGCCGGAAAAGUUGCCUCGCCACAAUAA